AUGCCCCUUCUAGGACCAAGAUCAACAGCCGCUGGCAGCUUCGGCUGUCCUCUACCUGACCACCUGGAACAAAUCGGUGGUGGCCCCUUCGUGGGAAACCUCACCUUCUACCACUUUAACAUGAUCGUAUCCGGCAGUUGCACUGCCGUUGUAUUGAUUGCCAUUUUGGGCCUGAUGGGACGACAUGCGAUGCACAUGAGCAACCCCGACGAACAACUUAAAAUCAUGCGAAUCUGCAAUCUCAUUCCCUCCUACCAAAUCUUAUCCUUCAUCUCGAUCUGUUUUCCCAACUCCUACGUCUAUCUCCAGGGGUUCACUGAGGUGUUUCAGGGUGUGGCGUUAUAUGCCUUCCUCAUGUUACUCUGUGACUACCUGGCUCCCAGCGAUGGAGAUAAAGUGGAGUUCUUUUCUUCGCUAGAAGUAAAGAGACAAUGGCAGCCGAAGAAGAAGAGGAACGGGAUUGCCUUCUUGACAUUGACAUGGUAUUCCGUGCUCCAAUAUCCAGUCAUCACCUGGAUUGCCGCUGUCUCCCAAGUGGUGACCCAGUCACUACAUGUUUACUGCCUCGACAGUACCGCAGCUCAUUUCGCGCAUAUUUGGCUUCAAGUCAUUACCUCCCUGUCAACGUCAGUGGCAGUCAACGCCAUCCUACAAUUCUACGUCAACCUGAAGGAAUACAUGACUGAACACAGACCGCUACUGAAGCUGACGGCGUUCAAGCUGAUUGUGGGAGUAGUUCUUGUGGAGAAGAUACUUUUCUUGAUUCUUACAGGAACAAAAGUCCUUACGCCCUCGGCCUCGAUGACCUAUAUCGACGUAAUGAUGGGUCUUCCAACAAUGGUGAUCUGCGUGCAGAUGGUGCCACUGUCCUUCCUAGUUCUCUACGCUUAUCGCACGACACCUUACGAGAUCUCAGACUCAGAGCCCAUCCUCCGAGCCCAGGGAUAUCAUGCCGUCGAGUCCGCUGGCGACGAAGACGCUUUUAUGGGUGGCUCUCAGAAACGAUACCAAGGUGGCCCCUGGGGAUUACGUGCCUGGGCUGGCUAUUUAAAUCCGCUGCAGCUGUUCAGGGAAGUAAUGUCAGCCCACGCCAUGAUUCAUAAAGCACGGAACAUUCGAAGAGCCCAUUCAAGGGAGCAGGCACAAGAGGACGCAAACGCGAGAUACAAGAGGAUGUGUAAUAAUGAUGAGCAAGAUGCUUGA